UGUUAACGUAACUUAGAUAGACGUCAACAAUUACCACUGCAACUUUGCAAUACUUGAGAUUGGGGUUUGUUAAAGUGUAAAAUUUUGUUAAAUUCCCUCAAACUUCGAAAUAAAACUUUAAAAAUGAUUAGUUCUUGGAGUCCGGAUAAAAAACAUAGUGAUGUUGAAAGAUGGAUUUGCAUUUAUCCUGCUUAUCUCAAUAGUAAAAAGACUUUAGCUGAAGGUCGGAAGUUGGCAAAAGAAUAUUGUGUUGAAAAUCCCACGCAUCAGGAAAUAAGAGAUGUUCUUUUGGCUACAGGGCUUCAUGUGGGAGUUGAAAAUAAACUGUAUCCUCGAGAAAGGAGUAAAGAAAUGUUAUUUCGAGGUAGAAUCAGAGUUCAGUUGAAGAAUGAUGAUGGUUCUCCUAUCAAAGAAGAGUUUCCAUCAAGAGAAUCUGUAAUGAAGUACCUUGGAGAAACUAUACCCAAGUUGAAAACACGCCAGAAUAGGCCCGCAGACCAACAACCACAAGCUACUCAGACGAGCACCAAGAGUAAGGGUAAAAAGGGACGCCGAUAAUUUAUGUAUCAACUUUUUACAAACAUUAUUUUAUCAUGUAAGAACAUUUAUUAAAAUAGAAUAAAUUUAUAUAAAACA